AUCAACCGUGACUAAAUCCCUCAAGUCUGUCGGCUACACUUCACUUGCAAAGAACCCUUGGCUCUUUCCUUCUUCUUUUUCUUCUUCCUUGUAACCCCCUUUUUUGUAGGGUUUUCAGUUUUCAGCUCUGGGUGUUCUGGCUGGAGAAAAAAUGGGCGGCGGAGAGAAAAGUACAGCGAGGAACUUUCAUUUACACCUUCCACAUCAUCAUCACCAUCACCAUCAGGGGAAGAAGCAAUCUAGGGAUGUGCCGAAAGGGUGUUUGGCUAUCAAAGUGGGGUCAACAGAAGAGAAGCAACAGAGAUUCGUGGUGCCAGUUAUAUACUUCAACCACCCCUUGUUCAUGCAGCUGUUGAAAGAGGCCGAGGAAGAGUACGGGUUCGACCAGAAGGGUACCAUCACCAUCCCUUGUCAUGUAGAGGAAUUCAGGAAUGUUCGGGGCUUGAUCGAUGGGGAGAAAACCCUUCACCAUCACCAUCAUGUCGGUUGUUUUAGGGUUUGAACCAAAAGAAAAAAAAGGUUUAUGGUUUUGUAAAGUACUGCCGAACAAGACUCGGCCUAAACGGGUAAACCAUGAAUGAAACAGAUUUGAUUG